UUGCGUUAUUCUCUUGCCGAUCAUUCAAGGUGAAAUUGACAAAAAGAAACUCCACAGAAGAAGAAGAAGACGACGACGACGACGACGACGACGAAGGGUUAGCUAGGUGUAGGUUCGAUCGAUCGAAUCGAGUCGGAUCGUUUCGGAUCUUCAAUUUCGUCCUCCGAUCGUGCUCCGAAAGCUUAAUUAGGCUCUCGCCUCGUGAUUGUCGUCCCGAUCGGUCCCGAUCGGUCCCGAUUCUCUUUCCCCUUGGGGACGUCGUGCUCAUGGUGAUCUCGCGGAGAAAUCGCGCUUUAAGUAUCCGUCGCUCGAUGCUCGACCGCUCGCUUCUUCGCAGAAUUUCUGUCCUCUCUCCGACGGUGACCUAGAUUGGAUCGGGAUUCGGGAUAGAGAUUUGCUUGUGGGGGAGGUUUUUGAUUUGACUUUGGUUUGUCGAUUGGGGCUAUGUAUAUUGAGGAAUUGAAAGAAGGAGGAGAGGUGGAUGUCGGUGCCGGUGUUGGUGGGGAGGUAGGGCUGUGUGUCGAUGGUGAGAUUGUGCUGGGGAAUGGAAACGAGAGUGUUGUGCCGAUUCAUGUGAAGAGGGCGGUGAUCGGAGCUGGUGCUCGCGCUUUGUUUUACCCGACUCUGCUUUACAACGUCGUGAGGAAUCGGAUUCAGGUUGAAUUCAGGUGGUGGGACCGUAUUGGUGAGUUUAUACUGUUGGGUGCUGUUCCGUUUCCUUCUGAUGUUCCAUGCCUAAAAAAGCUUGGUGUUGAUGGAGUGGUUACUUUGAACGAGCCGUAUGAAACUUUGGUUCCAACAGCACUCUAUAAGGCUUAUGGCAUCAAUCAUCUGGUGAUUCCUACAAGAGACUAUUGCUUUGCUCCGUCCCUGCACUCUAUAUGCCGAGCUGUAGAGUUUAUUCACGAAAAUGCAUCAUGUGGACGAACUACAUACGUUCACUGUAAAGCCGGCCGGGGCCGUAGUACGACCAUUGUGAUAUGCUACCUGGUGCAACACAAGGAUAUGACCCCUGAUGCUGCAUAUGACUAUGUGAAGUCAAUCCGACCAAGGGUGCUUCUAGCCACAUCUCAGUGGCAGGCUGUUCAGCAAUUCUAUUAUCUGAAGGUGAAGAAAGUUGACCUUCGCAGUCACCUGUCUGAUCUAGUUUUCAAAACCUGUGUAGCAAAGAUCCAACGAGAUCGGUUGCCAUUUGAUGAUGGCUCCGUAGUUGUGGUGACUGAAUCAGAUCUUGUUGGAUAUGACCCCUCUCUCGAAUGUGGUGAUGUCAAAUCAGAUAUAUGGGCAGAUCUGAGAGUUGUCUACCGGGUUCGCUAUGCUGGUCAAUCGGCACUAGCGAGAAUAUCCUGCCUGUGGCUACGGUGCCGUGCAGAGAAGGUUUCUGGAGAGCAGGUGGUUACGGACAGUGGCUGUGCGAUUGGGAGUAAUCAUCUCAGUGGCAUUAGUGUGGACAUUCAUGUCUACUAAGAAGUGAUACUACUGCAUGAUGACAAAAUCAAGGCGGCUUUCUACUAUCUUAAGUGAAUUUUCCUCUGCUGGUUGGUACAUAAUGCGUCGAUAAAUAAGGAAUGCUUCACUAGGCAGAGUUAUGAUCUCUUUUCCUUUUUCCUACUUCCCCUUUCAAUGUAUAUAGUUUAUUCUCCUUUCUCUUGAAUUGAAGCUAAGGAAAGAUGAGCUUUAUGCGCAAAGCAAGGUGGAAAUAGAAUGUGCAUGUUUAAUGCGGUCGUCA